AUGGCUUCGUCGUUAAUAUCAGGUUCUCCCAUCAAAGGAUUGCCUGUCAGAGAGGACGACGGUGGAAAGCGCGCACUGCACACCAAAGUUGCGAAGGAUCGCUAUCGUUGUAUUUCGAAUUUUUACUUCGAUCUAAAGGCAUUUGUAAAGUUUCCUGCUGAUCACAACAAGUACAAUGGAUUUAUUGUUGUCGUCCAUAGGAUUGAUGGUGUAUCAAUGUAAGUAGGGUGGACAUACUUUCAUUAAAACUUGUUUAGAUGUAAAUAUUCACUGAGUUCGCUGUACACCUAAGACUAAGUUGUUUUUAUAAGCUGGUUUCCACUAUAAUAAACAAGCGCAAUUCUUUAAUGUUCUUAUGCUUGCGACGUAAGCGGUGUGCUUGAAAUAACCACUCAUUUGAUUUUGUUUUUCGAACAAACGUUUCCACUUAAAAGUCUACUUUUACCCUAAUGCUAAUUAUUACUCCCUGUAUUUAUUAGACGCGUGCAUAUUAACAUGGUCGCCAACGCAUGAUGUCAUCGUUUGCUAAAUUGCAGUUGUUAUUCUGACUAAUUUUAUAGUAUGUGACUGAAUUUUAUAGAUCUAAAUAACUUGUAAUAUCUUAGAAAUUCCUAUCUCUAAAAAUCGUUUCGUGUCCUUAGUUUAGUAAAGCUAAGCCAUUAUGCCCUAACGUUGUCCUCUACAGAUACCCAUGUGUGAUGUGUCUGGCAUUUAGGAUUUUGGUUUUAGAAGAAGCUUCACGAUUUCCGAGCUUAUAGCGAUGAAGUAAACUAUGUUUUCGAGGGGGCCAAAUUUCCGAAGGGGGGGGGGGCAUAUUUCCUAGGAGGAAAUUUGGCCCGGGGGGACCAAAGUUUGGGGGGAGGCAAUUUCCUGGGACACCGGCUAGCCGGGCUCAUGUAAACAGCCCUUUAGUCUUAGACGAACGCACGUUCAUUCUAUUGCAGUCGUGGCAAUAGAAGCGUUCAUAAAAUUGUUGGCUAUUAGUAAAACCAAAAACACCGGAACACGGAACACCACGACUCCGGAACACGGAACACCAAACAUUUCAGUUUAAUUUGUAAAAAUUAUCAAGUAAUAUACUGGGGGUGGGGGUGUAAUUAUUGUUGGAACAAUUAUCGCGUAAAUCCUGCCUUCAUUCUGACUUGCCGAUAGCUAGCUACUAAUAACGAACAGAAAUCAGUCUCAGCAGUGAACUUUACUCUUGUUGUUAGCCAGACAUCCUCUUUAGCAAGACUCAAGCUUUUCCAUUCGCCCACAAUUUUACAUAGCAAGGUUUUCCAAUUACAGGUUUUUUUUAAGGUAUUUUUCUUUGCUUUCCCUCUGUACGAUUUUUUUUCUCUUUUGUCUUCUUUUGGGCGAAUAUUUUUUUCUUCUCCCCCCCCCAUCACUUUUCUAAUGGUCCCUAAGUAUAUUCUUUAGUUUUAAUAUAUACUUAAAUAUACUAUAAAAUAAAGUUUAUUAAGUAUAUUUUUUGUUCAAUAACAUGCGUAUUGGUUGCAAAUCUCUCGAAACUAAUAUAAUAUAAAUGGUCGUUUAUAUUCGUGUGUGAUUAGAUAAAAUAUUAUAUUCGUGUCUUCCCAGGGAAUGCUUUUUAACAAUUGAUGAGAUGGAGAAUGUUAAAAAGUUUAAAGGAGCUAUCAACAGAUCAUUUAGCAGCAAAGGUGGAAUCAUGGCACAUGGUAUCAAUGACAACCAGCUCUCCAGCUACAUCAUGGGCAAGAUGCAAGAAUUUGCAUUAAGAGGUGGCAAGGAAAUGGAUGGAAGUUUGGUGAUUGGGCGUCAACCAAAUUUUCGGUCGGUCAACGCAAGAGGAGAGUUUUUGGAUGAUGACGACCCGACCGGACUUGCGCAAAAAGUUGACGAUCCUGAUACCGCGGUCUAUAUUCUAAAUGAUAGAUUGCAAGUACCGAGGCAUCCCCUCCCCCCUACCGAGGCGCAGUAAUUUAUUUGAACUUAGUUCAACCAGACCGAACAUUCUUUCAACAUUCAUAGCAAAAUUGGAAAUAUCGAGAUCUUAAAGCCAGAAUUUGUUCAAACAAUAAAAAAAUGCUUUCAUUGUAUAGAUAAACAAGGAUGGUGUUGUUCCCGAAAGUCAUUGGCGGUAUCGGUACAUGGUUCCAUUUUUGCGAAAUAUGCCGUCCGCAAUAGCUGACAAGAAGGUGAAGAAUUUUCUGCAGUGUCAUGAAGUCCAUGUGGAUUUGCCCCUCCGAUUUUUCGACUGGGAGCUAUUCAUAAGCAAAGCGAAAACGUUUUUUAAUGUUAACUUCUUGCCAUUUGCUAUGUUCUUGAGUGGUGGAUUGGCUACAUUUCAUUAUAACAAAAUCAUUUCGUGCAUAGGUAAGCUAUAUUUUGAUAGUAUUUCUCUAUAAGACGACAGGUAAAAUUAACAUGUUUGUCUUAACGAACGUGUUGUUCGUAACAUUAUCGUUUUUUCGAUGCAAAGGGGGAUGUGAUUGACCUGCACUGCGGAAAGAUAGGGCCAUUGAUAACAUUUAUCAAACUUUUUAGGCGCAUGUCCUGUUCCAACUGCCAUUGGCCAUCCCUCAAGUGGAAAAUCAACUGCUCUGAAAAUCAUUUGCGAACUUGCGGGAAUGCAUAUGAUUUCCCAGUCCUCUGGUGAAUUCGUAGUUUCUGGUUUGGUCAACACAACAAUUCCAUUGUGUUGGGACGAUCCUGCUCUUCCUAGUAUGGUCAGCCAACCUCUAGUUGCCGUGUUCAACGGUUUGGGGAGCCAAACGCAACAGCGUGGAUGCGAGAAGCCACUAACAUCGUUUCUUUUAACGGUUAAUUUCAAACUUGAUAGCGACAUGAGGUAAGAAUUCAAUUACAUUGGUCACUACCUACAGAGUCCAUAGAAUUUUAUUCAAACAUAUUUCGAAUGAAAAUUCUGAUAAAGUAAAAUAUUCCGAUCAACAUUUUGGCCACCUAUUGUGAUUUUUUUACUGUGUCUUCCUUGGUUAUGACGCCACUUAAUUCCUCCGGCCCAUGGGGACAGACAUGUUGUUAAAAUAUCCUCGUUUUUUGUAUUUUGUUCCUUCGGUAUAAGUAUCUGCCUGACGCUCAGACAGAGAAUUCAAAUUUUGCACACGCUUUUCAUUCCUCGUAUAUCAAGCAUUGAUUUCAACGCAAGUUCUUUACUCUUGAAAAGAUAUCGUAGAGGAAAAAUGAAGUCGGUGAUCUAUUGUUUUUUUGUACAAAGUGAAUGUUUAUGACAUUCUGAAUUUUCUCAAAAAUUUUUUUGGCAAAUUGCCAGUGUAGUUUCUUCGCAACGAAAUCAUAAAUUAUAAAAAAAGAUGACGGGUGGUGGGUGUAAAUAUCUCAAAACAUAAGAAAGGUUACGUGAUGAAAGUAUGUAAAAGAAUGUUUUCUUAACACUUGCGACGAAACGAUUGCGACAGACAAUUAUCUCGUUCUGCAAUCAAAAUCUCGUGUACAUAAAACGUACAGUAUAUGAAUAAAAUGUGUUAAAAACAUGCCAUGAAUUAUUUGCAGAUCAUUCGAAAGAACAACGCCAAUUUUCUUCCAAAGGUUGAAAACAGAAGAGGGUGAGCAGGUAAAAGACUACUUGGAUAGAAAGGCGGAACUUUUCUCCUUGGCGUCCACUCGUAGUUUACCAGUGAUCAUUGCCCUCAGUGAAAGAUUGAACAAGAGAAUCCUUGCACAACAUAUCCAAUUCUUUCGUGAUCGGCUACAUGGUCUGCCGCCAUGCCUUGGAGACAUUUAUUCUGUCUACAGGCUUAUUCUGUUUGAGGUAAUUCGGUAUAUUCGUGUUACUUGAGAGAGAGAAUAUCUAUACAAUAAGGCGUUUGUAUUUAAGUAAAACCAAGUAUUUUUUGUAGAUUAUAGAACUUGUUGAUAAUCCUAAUGUGAUUGACUGUCAAAUGGUUGACGAGUUCCUUAAAGAAAACUUCCUUCCAUAUGUUCGUUCACUCUAUGAUGUUUUAACCGAAACUGAACUGGCCGAUAGGUUUACAGCAAGUUGCUAA